CUUCAGUGAAACAAACAGGUAGCCUGGCCAGAGGGAGGUGGUGCUAUUGCGCACAAGGCGCUAACCCUGCGCAAACUAUAACUGCAUCCAUGUUCUCUGAUCAGUUGUUAUGGAUCAAUGUGGAGGGAGAGGUGAGCUUUUUGACUUUAACACGUCUGCAGGAACCUCAAUGAUGCUCUAUUGGAAGCUCUGAAGUCUGUGCGCGCUGCGACGGAUCAGUUUUGGAGUCGCCAGCAGUGCGCUUCAGCUGGACAGAGGACACACGAUCACGAGGACUAGUCGCAUCGUUUUCUUAAAGUUUGCUACAUUUUUUUGCAUGUAUUUUUAUCAGUGGGAUUUCUUAUUUUAAAGUACCCUACGUUAGAAGCUGUUUACAUUGUUUUUUAUUUUUAUUUCUUUAAUAUGGGGGAAAGCGUGCGUAUCGUAUAUGUUUUCGCUCUGUAAGUUCAGCCUUGCGCCCGCUCUCCUAAACAUAUUUGCAUUUAGUUAGUAUAUUUUAACUGAACGCUGCAGGGGUUUAAAACGCCAGUGGGAAAUGGCCAGCGAGCGGAAACCACGGCUUUGUGUCAUGGCAAAAGCGGAGAGCGGGUAUGGAUUUCACUUGCAUGGCGAGAAAGGGAAGAGCGGACAAUUCAUUCGCAAAGUGGAGCCUGGCUCCCCUGCAGAAGCGACAGGACUGCGCGCCGGGGACCGUGUGGUUGCAGUGAAUGGGGUGAACGUGGAGAAAGAGACACACCACCAGGUGGUACAGCGGAUCAAAGCUGUGGACAAUGAGACCAGAUUGCUGGUGGUGGACCAUGAGACGUAUGAAAGUCUACGCAGCCUCCGCCUCACAGCCACAGAGGAUAUGGCUGUCCUCGUGGCCGGGCCUCCUUCCUCCUCCUCCUCUCCCCCAGCCUCCCCCUCACCUCCCCCAUCUUCGGUCCCAUCCUCCCCCAGCAAGAAGCGGGAGAACGGCUCGGUGUCCAAGCAGCCGGUCCCACUAACCAUCCAGGUGCAGAAGCCCACCAGGAGGUCACCGUCGAAGGCUGUGAAGAAGGAGGCUCCUGCCCAGGCUGUAGCCCACACGCAGCCCCAAUCCCAGUCACAGCCUCAAGUCGACCAGUCUGAGCUCGUUCCACGUCUGUGCCACCUGCUGCGGUCUGACACGGGCUACGGCUUCAACCUCCACAGUGAUCGGUCCAGGCCCGGACAGUACAUCCGCUCCUUGGACCCAGGAUCACCUGCAGACCACGCCGGGCUCCGGCCACAAGACAGGCUGAUUGAGGUAAACGGUGUGAACGUCGAGGGCAUGCGGCAUGCCGAGGUGGUGGCCUUCAUAAAGAAAGGGGGAGAUGAGACCUGGCUGUUGGUGGUGGACCCAGACACAGACGAACACUUCAAGACGAGGGGAGUUGUCCCCACAGUCAGCCAUCUCAGAGACUAUGAUGGUCCAUCCAUAUCCAACGGCUCCCACAACCCUCAGAUCAACGGCAGCUCCACCACACAGUCCAUCAGGUCCACGCACUCUGACCUCAGCGGCCAGGGCAACAGCACACAGCUGGCGGACGAUGAGGGCGGCCGGCUGAUGGACCCGUUCGCUGAGAUGGGCCUGAGCGCUACGGCAGCAGAAGAAAAGAUGAAGGUCCAUGCCAAAGAAAAGAAGAGGGCGCCGCAGAUGGACUGGAUGAAAAAGUACGAGCUGUUCAGCAACUUCUGAGAUAUUCCCCUCCAAGGACACUGCAAACAACCAAAGGACAGAGAUAUGAGCUCUCUGCGUGAAGAGAAAGAACCAAGAUCCACCAUACAACCGAAGAUAUUUUGUUCCUGGAAUUAAAUGUGACAAAAGAAAAAAGUUGUGCUAUGGAUUUCACUUUUUAAGCCACUUCAGAGACCCUUUAAGAGCUUCUUUUCCCUCUUCAAAGUACAACAUGAAGAAAGUGCUGACUGCAAAAACUGUUUAUACUUAAAAUCACACUGUUCAGAAGCAAUAGCAUCUUUAAACACUUCUGUCAGGUGGGAAUGUUGCAAACAAGUUUUCACAAAUGUACCUACAUCCCUAUCACUUAAAUCAUCCCAUUCUCCCCACUCCUAAAGACUCGUUUCAAACAAAUGAAGGAGACAGUUAUUUUUAUAUUUAAAAAGUAUAAACAACUAUAAAAAGAAAACAGUAUCCCAUCAUCAUGGACUGCAUUUGAAAGAGUUAUAUGGACAUUGUGACAAAAAUGAUUGUGGACAUUGUAGGAGUUUGGGGCCAUCAGUUAGGGGAAGCCCAAAGUUGGCAGAAGAUCACUGUGAAAGAGUUGAGACUCCACCUCCAGCCCAUGCAGAUGUUUCAUAAUAAUCACUCGCAAAGAAAAGGAUGGCUGUGUAUACUGGUUGUGUGUAACGUCUCCUACUUGUAUAUUUCCAUACAGUUUAUUAGCUGAUUAUCAAAUCAGCCCAAAAAAUUAUUCUUGUUACUUGUUAUUUAGCACUCAUUUUAAUAAUGUACCACCACUAACCUCUUUUCCCAAAGUGCUCCAGUUCACCUGUGCAUAACAAAGGGAAGCACCACUAACUUAAAUGGACAACAAUGGAAACUGGAAUGUAGACGAAAGGAAGGUUUUCUCAGGUUCAAAUGGCACGAUGAAUGCGUCCUCAUUGGAGGAGGCUUGAUGUGUACAGCAGAGGGCAAGCUUACAGCACAGAUAGAUAAAUGGCACUUAAACUAAACAGAGUAGAUCUUUAUGCUGGCUGUUUUAUUGGGGUUGUGUCCGACUAUUUCUUAGUUAGAAGCAGUAACUUCCUGGAGUUGCCACUGGUUGCCUGGCAACAGCUCAAGGCCAAGAAACAGUCCGGCACAAAACUGCAAAUUUCUUGUUUUUACACUUUGUUUUUUGUACGGAUUAAACAAACCAGAUAUAAGGUGAGCUUUUGAGGUGCCAGGCUUGCAGUUUCCCCCUGUUUGUAGUCUCUAUGCUAUGCUAAGCUAACUGGGUGAUCGCUAUAGCUUCAUAAUUACCAUACAGACACGAGAGUGAUAUACAUCAAGUCUACAUUAGUAGACUUCUCAUCUAACUUUACACCAGAAAGCAAACAUGAGUAUUUACCAAAAAUGUCAUACUGUUCCUUUAAUUAAAUAAGGGGCAGGCAAGAAAGGGGAGUUAAGGCUCAAAGGUGCAACUAGCAGCAGCAGAUAGUAUGUUGGAGUGAAGAGAUGUGAUCAGCUACAACAUGAGCAGAGUGUGAGCAGGUCGUGGGGCGGAGGGAGUGUAAGAGAGGCUACACAGUGAGGUCAGAGAUGCUCUGGAGGAUCGAGUGAAAGAGACUGUGGGAGCCAUGGAGCUUAUUGAGGAUUAUUACACACACACAGAAACAGCUGUCAUACACACAAUGUGUGUGUGUGUGUGUGUGUGUGUGUGUGUGUGUGUGUGUGUGUGUGCGUGCGUGCGUGCGUGCGUGCGUUCGUGCGUGCGUGGGCGCGUGCGUGUGUGUCUGUGUAGAAGGUAUACAUGUUGCAAUCCAAGCAGUGUUGAUACAAUGUAUUACAACAAGUGGGACUGUGAGUUGAGUCGUUUACAUCUUUUCUUUUUUUGCACCCAUUUACACCCUUACAGAGCCUACACUAACAGUAGUGUCUUGAUUCUUCAGUCUGUGUGUGCAGUAGGGCUCACUCUGUAUGUUCUGACAGUCAAAAAUCUCUAUGUUACCAUGGCUGAUGUAUAUACAGUAAAAGCAUACAGCAUAUAUGGCAGAUUGCAUUUUUUCAAGUGUGACAAUGACGUUUUUGAACAUAUUAAAUUGUUGUCACCAUC